AACCGGAUACGGAUGUGAGGUUUAAAUACAACAGUUCCAGGACCGCGUUGGAUGCCUGGUUUUUACAGAGAUGAGCGGUGAGAACGUGAAGUUGUUUGUAGGGAACCUUCCUAUAGAUGCUACGCACGAAGAACUGAACAAGCUCUUUGCUCCAUAUGGAGAGAUCAACACCUGCUCGUUGCUGAGACAGUAUGCUUUCGUUACCCUGAAGGGAGAGGGGGCAGCAGACAGGGCGAUACGACAUCUUGAUGGCAAAGAGUACCGAGGCAGACCCCUGGUAGUCGAAGAGUCACGAGCACGCCCACCCAACUCCACUAAAGUGUUUGUGGGGAACCUUAGCGCUACAUGUUCAGCAGAUGACUUGCAUGGGCUGUUCUCAACCUUCGGAAGAGUUUUAGACUGUGAUAAAGUCAAAGCAAGGUUAUGCUCAAAUGUCGGCUAUGCAUUCGUGCAUAUGGAGAGGAAGGAGGAAGCCUUGGCGGCUAUUGAGGCGCUCAAUGGGACCAUGUUCAAGGGACGUCAGUUGGCUGUAGAGCUGUCCAAAGCCCAACCUCUGAUAAACCAGAUUAUGACAGCCGGAAAUUCAGCUAACCCCACAGCAGGUGGCAGAGAGGGUCUUCUUCCACGACCGCCUCCGUCACUAGAGCAUCAUCAGAGUCAAGCAGCUGUGCUUGCUGCAGCUGCAGCUGCUGCAGCUGGAUUACCCAUACAAGUUCAACAAAGUGUCCAUAACUCUUUCUACAACACCACAUCCUUUGACCCCACCUAUGCUGCUCUGAAAGGGAUCACCAGUUCUAAAGGUGCAGAUGGAGUCAUAUAUGGAGCUCUUGCCAGCCAAGUGUAUGGAUCCGUAGCUGACCAGGUGUUUCAUGAGCUGGCAAAUCACAAUUCUGCAGCGACCGCAGUUGAGGAAGAGGUGGAGCCCCAGACUGUACCAGAUCCAACAACACUUUUCGAAGCAGCGAGAGCCAAGUUCUUUCAGGAGGGACAGAAGGUUCUGGCAGAGCAGCAGGCAGGGAGAAAGGCAGCACCUUCAGAUAAUGAGCGGGACCGCAGCCCAAUACGAGGAAAUCGAGCUCCUCUCCUCCCUGACCCUGUUCCGGGUUCAUUUGCUCAGAUACGCCCCAAACGACGCGCCCUGCUUCCAACACCACCUGGAGCACCUGAAGACCCCGUCGUUGCCACCACCACAACUCCUGAAGGAGCGGAUCCUGUUGCGAGGUCAUAUACAGAAUACUACCAACAAAUGCAUCAGUACCAACAGUAUCAACAGUACCAGCAACAGUACCAGUACCUCCAGUAUGCCUACACCAAUCCUCCACCACCACCUCCGCCUCCACCGGCAACCACACAGGCACCUGCUUCCACCACAACCCCUGCACCACCAGGGACAUAUACAGCACUCCCGACAUAUGCCGCAUCGGAUUCCUAUGCAGCACCAGGAACGUACGACACUUCGGGAAGUUAUGACGCCUCAUCGGGGAGCUACGACGCUUCAUCCGGGAGCUACGAUGCCUCAUCUGGAAGCUACGACGCCUCAGCGGGCUAUGACACAUCUGGAGGCUACGGGGCACCGGGAGCAUAUGAUUCAUCGGGAGCUUACGGAGCAGGAAGCUACUCCACCUCCACACCGUAUGAGCAGACACCCGCACACGGGCAACCCAUGCCCCCGCGCCACGAUUACCCUUACCACACGCCAGAACCCCCUUAUCGAUAGUCCCACCCCCCUCCCACACGCUCCUUACACAUGGCAGAUGUGUGAUUGUGUGUGUGCGUGUGUAUGUGUUUGUGUGUGUAUGUGGGCGAGCAUACAUAAGGGACAGUUUAAAGGGGAAAAACGAGAGAGUGGGCAAGGUUGUGAUUCUCCCCUGUUUCUCCAUCUUGACCAACUAGUCUCUCAAUGGAUGAUUACUCAGUUAAGUGGAUGAUUAUGAGCUAGCAAGGUCUCUGGAGUAGUGGAGAUGAGGGAGGCAGCUGAUACUGGAGUGCUGUUAAACAUUUAUAGUUCCUGUUAGAUGUGAUAUAGAGGCACAGCUGGUUCCUUGUUGAAUGUUAAAGCUUAAAUUUUGCCUCAAACAAGGUCGGACUCAGAAGGUGGGUUUUUGUCACUUCAGAAGAGCUUUCUGUUCGGUGUCAGGCGAAGCCCUUUUAUGUACUCUACAUAAAAGAUUGUUGCUGCAUGAAAUGUUGCAGUCUGGCAACUCUUUACAUCAUCGUAUAUUGCAGACAAAAAAUACAAAGUACAGAUAAGUAAAUUAUAAACCGGUUUUAUCCAUGGAAACAUAUCCUGUCCAACUGGGACUGUAUGGCUUUUUUAUUGUUUUUAUAAAACACUAAUUUCUCUACAGGCCCAUGAUGUUCAUUCAUGACGGCCAACUUUGGGUUGGCUGCAAUUUAAUGUGCUGUUGAGCUGUAUUGCUUUAUACUAAUUGUUUCUAUAAUUUUGUCCCCUUUAUAUAUCUGUCAGGGUGUUGAAGAAACAUCUCUUUGUAUAAUGUUGUUCAGUUAGACAGCACCUCAAACUGCAGUCUGCUAUGAAGAACACAAAGUUGACUCAGCACAUCUCCAACAAUAACAAAGUACAAACAGUGGUGCUUGCAUAUUUGUUGUGGCUUUUGUAGAGUAUGUAACGAGGCUUAGUCUGAAGUCAUUUGUAGAGAUGCUUUCGUAACAAUAAACCUGUUUUGAUCAGACGCGCAACCUCUACAUGUAAUAUGGUGUUUGAAGAUGGAAAGCAGAGCUGAGGUAAAAGGAAGUUUGAGUGGUUAAUCAAAUUGAUUGUUGCAUUUACUGAGGAAAUUUGAUCCCGUACAGAUUGAAAAUGUGUUGUUGAAUUGACCAGAUGGCAUCUCAAAUAAUGUAUCAGGCCGGUUUCACUUAAGCCCCUUUCAGACAUGGGAUAGAAAACAUCAGUCUUGUAGAUUGACAGCACUUGGAUUUUACAUGAAUUCUUCUCACGGCUUCGUUCAGGCACACAAACAGCUUUCAAUAUAUCCAAAAGACCUAUCUCACUGGUGUCAUUGGGCAUUGUAAGCAUCACUCUGUAGAUGUAGUUUCGCUUGAGAACAUUUGUUCUCUCCUUCAUCGUCAGUACCAGCAGGGUUUCUCUGAUUUUGAGUGUGUGGGCUGCCGACUGAGCUGCUUCUCCCACACAAGCUUGGAGACAUCAUCCUGUCUUCUGGACUGAAUAAAGCAAACACAUACACUUCAUUAUUGUUUUUGACGCACAUGUGACAGCAUGCAUCCAGACGUGCACCAUAUUGAAAGAAAUAUGUAAGUCUUACUAGGUAGACCUAGUGAGAUUGCUGUGUCUGAAAGGGGUUUUAGCUGAUGGUGUAGUCUUAAAAAAAUAAAAGAAUGGGGGCUGUUCACAUGAAAACAUUUCCUGAGCUCACUCGUUUGCAGGGUGAGAGGAGUGACUUUGAGGUAAAUUUCUAGACCAUCCUCCUAACAUACAAGAGUUGGACUGGUUUUUGAUGGAUAUAAGCAGUGUGUGAAUAACCUGCUUGAUGUUUCAUAGUUUUGCUAUUUUGGGCAGUAUCGAUUAAAGCAGAGUAGACCCACAAGAGUGCAUGAUUUCAGUUGAGGUAGACAAUUAUAAUUUACUUUUCUUCCCCUCUUGGCUUUCUGUAAAUCUUGAGGUCUGUGCAAACAAAAAUAUGUUCCAACCUCAGGAACUGAACAUGUCCUGUCAGUUUUUUUGCUUUAAAGGUCGGUUUUGCCUUUAAACGUCAGAACAGAGUCUUCACGUAAUUUAGUAGUUAUUCACACUUAGUUCUUUCUCUCUCAGUUUUGUGUUCAAUGCAUCCACAUCUUUCUCUGAUUAUAAGCAACAUUCAGUUGUUCAAUAGUUUUGGGGGGUUUUUGUUGGUUUUGUAUAUAUGUGAAUUUAUAAGAGCCAGGAGGAAUGUCAGCAAGCGAUGCAUGGCCAAUGGAGCUAAUAGAAUUUGAGCAAUUAAAAUUCAACUUUUAAUUUUUCUUUCUUUUUAUUUUUUUUUGUUUUUGUUUUUUUUGACAUCUUCCAUUAGUUUCCAUUUUGUUGGGAGUCUCAUCAGCUGCUGUCAUACCUUUGGUCUCACGGAUAGCUGUGGUGAUUUAGACAGAGAGAAAAUCUACAAUUUGGUACAAAUGUAAAUAUUUAAAAAGAUGCCAACCAACAUUUGGUAGGAAUAUUGACUGUUAAUAAAAACAUAGUGAUUGUAUUUCUUUCUAAACAGUUGGAGACCUGGUGUAGUUGGACAGUUCAGUUGUACCAGACUCGUAAAAAGAGGCAGCCGGUUUGUAUGGCAGGAAGGGAUUACAGUUGUGCUUAUAGCAUGUAGUGAGUGAUGGUGAGUUGUAGUGGCAUUGGCGAGUGAAGUAAAAAGAGAAAGCAAGUGUGCGUGUAUUGAAGGGUUUUAAGCCGAGCAGACUUCAGGUGAUGUUCUCAGUGCUGCUGGUGAUGCGAAAGUCGUUUUGGAUUUUGUAGAGGCCACUGAUUUUUCCCGGGCAGAAGUGAGAAGGCACGAAGACCUUUCCUUUUCUCUUCUGAUCUCACCAGAAGCACACAUGGGCUUUCUCAGCAUCCAAAUCACACCUAGACAACUUUCACCUUAUAACUGGGUUAGUUCAUAUAAUUUAUAACAGACUACACGUGCGAUGCAGUGCAAAUAAUACUAAUGCACACCUGAUUCUUCUUGCAUUUCAUGACUCUCAAUAGUUGCUCCGAUGUGAUUGCACCACACAUUAGCUACUCACAUUACUUCUCAUUCAGCACGUGAACUGAUAGUGCUGCGAUUAAUUUUCAGUGACACAUAGCCUCUCUACAUUUCCACAUUAUUCCACCUUCUCCAUGUGAACUGUUAGUUGCUUGCCUUGUUGUUGCUGCUGCUCCAGCCACCUUCUUCCUCUUGCUGAUUAUUGCAGCUAGAGUGGGAGGGAGCCAAACUGAGCCCUUGCCCUGGACGUACGGCACACGCAGCUGUAGCGUGGAAUGGGGAAAAAAGCAGCGUUAGGCCUGAAACUGCUGUGGACGAUGGGGGGUCUCCCCACUAAGGUAAACACUCAGACCACACACUCCUGCCCCUCCCCGAAACACGCCUACACACUCACCAGCACACACACGCCGUACAGAUGCUCCUGUGUCCAUACUUCUUACUCCUCACUUGCCUUCAGGGAUUCAGAUUUGUCCGGAUUUUGGAAUUUUUUAUUUUUCAUUUUUUGAAACGUAUCUCCCAUCUUUUUUCUCUUCUUAUUAUUGUUUGUUUGGUGUUUUGUUUUGUUUUUUCUUUUUUCUUUUUCUUUUUUUUUAAAUGGGAGAUUUUUUUUCUUUCCUUUUUUUUUUUUUUUUUUUUUUUAAAUUUUCCUUUUCAAAUCCUUACAUUUCCCCUCCCUCCUCCCCUCAACAAGUUUUCUCUGCUCAUACAUUCCUGCUCCUAAUGUGACCACUCUCACACAAGUUUUUAAGGACAUCUGUGCCACCUUUAGUCUAAAUCUGAACACACUCUGCAGCAGGCAUGUUGUUGUAAGUACGUCCUGUUUCAGCCUAUCACCGAAGAGCGCCACAGCCAGAGUCGGGGACAUUUAGAUCAGUGGGUUGUCUUAGUUUUUCUAAAAGCGCCCCUGCGGCCUCUUCGGGGGUUAAGUGCCUUGCGUAAGAGCACAGUGGUAGGGCCUCCACUUCAGAGAUGAAUAACCUGGCUCAGGAUCGGUUGCUGGUUCAACGCUCGACUCCCCCCCGUCUGAAAACGAUUUUUGAUGCCGCAUUCAACUUGUAUGAAUGACGAUGAACACGGAUGCGACCAUGUUGUUUUAAAUUACAUUUUGUCCUUUGUUCUUUCAAAUGUUUAAUUAUCAAUAAAAUUAAUUUCAACUGAAUGAAACAAUCUCUGUGUGAAUAUUUGAAGAUGCAGAAAGCUUGGCGGGUUUUGCCAUUUAAACUCUCAGGGCUCAGCAUCAGAUGACAUUUUAUUCAGUUUUUUUCCAAAAACAUCAAUCUAUGCUUUUUCAAAUAAAAACCAAUACUCUGAUAACAAUCCAAACCUGAUAAUUGAGUCAUUUUAAUAUACAAAAGAAGUAGUUGAAGGUAUCGGACUUCCACCUGCAAACAAGACCUUUUCAUGGAUACUCGCUGAGUUUCAUGCCCUCAACAGCAAUUAAGUUUACAAAUGGACACUAUAGUACUGCAUGGGUGUAGUGAAAGCAGUAUACACAAAUAUACUGAGGUAACAUGAGGAGUAGGCCUGUGUACGUAAAUGGGCAAAGGUGGAACAGUGAAGGUGAAACUGCAGAGACAUCAUGCACCAUUCAUUGGAAUAAUGGUAUGGAUAUGCAGCAGUUUCUACUCUGGUAACAAAUGCCUCCAUCAGCCAGAUUAGUUUAUGAAGUAGCUUCACUAAUGAAUACAAACACUUGUUUCCUGUUGAGUGUGCAGUCAGUAAAUAAUUUAAUUGGGGAAUUUUCCAUUCUGGGCAAUGCCCAUUGUUAAACAUACUAUUUAAAGGUGACCUAUAGUGUUUAUUUUUCAUUUCUGUAUAUUCAUUCUUUUCUAGGGUAGCUUAGCACAAUUCGCAGUUCAGUUCAAGCCUCUCAGUCCAUCCUGUGUCUAAAACAAACCUUUUUAGCUCAUUUCCUUUUAAAGCUGUCUUAUUCUGAUUGGCUGUCCUUUCCAAACAGAUGGUUUGAACAGCAAUUUCAUAUGCUGUUCCUGCAAUGACCAGAUUAACCCUAUUUGAUACAUGGGUUUUUGUGACUUCUGAAUGUGUUUUGUUUUGUUUUUUUUCCUGAAAAAUCUGAAUGAAAUGGUGCAAUAAAUUGGACAGAAAUUAUGGACAUAGUAGAAAUUAUACAAACUCAAAUGCAAAUUGAUUUUUAAAAAAUUGUCAGAAGGUUCAAUAAACAUUCCAGUUUCAGAAAAAAAUGAAUUUUCUUGCAAUUAUUGCAUGGAUAUUGUCUGUGUGACUAUUCCAAUCUAAGAGAGGUGGGGGGACUUGGCCACUCACUUCAUUUUUAUGAAACCAAUGUUUAAUAUAAGCAUCCACUUUUGAAACAUUGUGUAUGUGUGACAUAAGUUAACCUUCCAAGUCCAUUGUGCACCAUUAGAGUGCAGGUAAAUGUAUACACUGAAAGUGGAGGUUCUUCUUUUUAUUGUAUUGUAUGGAAAGGUAAGAUGUGACAGCAAAUAAUUUUCUCCUAAAGCUUUGCCUUUCAAACCUUAUUUCACUGGGCUUUAGAAAGUCCCACCACAGAUAAAAUACUACAAUUAGUUUGCCUCAAAGGCUUUAUGCUGUGUCCCUUAAUCUACCAUAGCGAGGUAGAGGGAAUGUGAGGAAGAAUAUAAUAUUAAUAAACUAUUCUUAGAAGGGGGAAAAAAAGAGACAUGACCAAGAGAUGUGGGUAAUGCUACAGAUUCUUAAUUUACCCAUCUGCACUAACACAGUUGGGCUGAAAAUGAUGCCAUUGAUCUCAAAUCCCAACCCCCACAUCUGUACAUUUCUGGUCCUAGUUUUCCAAAAUUGUUCAAAACACACUUGAAGCAUCUCAUGGACUUAAGACUGGCUUAAGAGGAAACCGGCCUGUGCUUUAGGGUAUGACUAAGAACUGGUAAGUCUAGUUUAUGACAACAGACAGGACGAGACUGGGCAAACACAUAAAGAACACCACACGAUGUGGACCAGACCAAACACGUAUUACAGUACUUGGACUUUCAAUCACGACCUCUCAUGAUGCUGCUGGCAUAGUAUGAAAAGGAGCAAGCAUUCAAACACACGUAUUGAAAAUAGCAACGCUUUAAUAAAGAGCGAUUUUACAAGACUGCAAUGUCUAGCUAGCUAGGUGAUAAUCGACAUUGACAUCCAUGAUGUUUUACAGAGAUGCAGAUAUGGUAACUGGGUUUGAAGUUUGAUGGGUUACUUGCAAGUUGCAUUUCUGCAUGCGAGGCAGCCUUCAAACAGUUACAGACCCCUACAUUGUAAAACAGUUGAUUUAUGAAUGUCAAUGAGCGUUCAUGUCAAGAGGUAAGUAAAAAAUCUCAUGGAGAAAUUUCCUUAACGUUUUCCAAACACACCGGUAAGUGAGAGUUCACACAAUGGUCAUGCUUUUACCGGGCACACAAGCCAAUAAAAAGACGACACUUAAUCAUGCAAAAAAAAGACAGUUUCUUUGUCUCUAAAAAUAAAAGAACGAAAAAUUUCCUUUGAGUUCUGAUAUCAUCCAUCCGUAGUGACUUUGAAUAAGAAGAAGCUGCGCUUUGAUGAUGACUUUGGUGCAAAAAAUGUUCCUGUUUUGAAGAGGACAGACCCUGUCCUGUCCACUUCCUUGAUGAAGACACUCUUGGUAUAGACCAGUUGUGAUAGUUUAC